CACAAGUCACUGACUGUCACAGCAUCUACACCUACAUUAGAAGGAAUACCACAACGUUGAAGCCAUGUCAUCCGACCAGGACGACUGCCACCUGUGUAAGGAAUACCUCAGGGAUCCUGUGUCCAUCCCAUGUGGACACAUCUUCUGCUCCAUUUGUCUGAAGACAUACUGGGAUCAUGCUGACCACACAGGUUCGUACCUCUGCCCACAGUGCAGAGUCACUUACAACAAGAGGCCAACCCCAAGACGCAUGGGAGGCUCCCGGCACUCUACCAUCCAACGCAAUGCUGAAUCCUUACCACCUCCACCUCCGUCCCCUGACUACAACUACGCAGGACCCCAGGAUGUAGGUUGCGACAUCUGCGUUGGAAAGAAGCACAAAGCCAUCAAAUCCUGCCUGAUGUGUCUGGCCUCUUACUGCGAGAAGCACCUCAAGCCCCACUAUGAGUCAAACACUUUUAAAAGGCACAAGCUGGUGGAUGAAAUCGGUCACCUGGACAGACAGAUCUGUCCCCAGCAUCAGAAAGGUCUGGAGCUGUUCUGUCGCACUGAUCAGAUGUGUAUCUGUGUGCUGUGUACAGUGAAAGAACAUAAAGGUCACGACAUGGUGUCUGCCGAGCAAGAGAGGAGCGAGGAGCAGCAACGACUGGGCGCCACACAGGCUGAGAUUCAAGAGAAGAUUCAUGAUCGACUGAAGCAGAUGGAGGAACUGAAACAAGCAGUGGAUUCACUCAAGCGCUCAGCUCAGCAAGCCCUGCAGGAUUGUGAGAAGAUGUUUGGAGAUAUGCUGCGCUCCAUUGAAAGGAUGCACCAAGAGAUGACCAAACUGAUCUCCUCUAACAAGAGGUCAGCACUCACCAACGCUGAGGGCCACAUGGAGCGUCUGAGCCAUGAGAUCGCUGACCUGAAGAGGAGAGACACUGAGAUCACCCAGCUGUCCCGCACUGAGGACCACAUCCACUUCAUCCAGAGCUACCAUAUGCUGAUAGCCCAGACAGAAGCUGAGGAGCUGCCUACAGUGAGCGUCAACCCUUACUUCUCCUUCGGCCCAGUCACUAAGGCCGUCUCUGAGAUGAAACAGCACCUGAAUGACUUCAGCAAUGAUGAACUGGUUAAGGUAGCCAAAGCAGUUAACAAAAUCCCCUUCUGUCAGCUGGAUGAAUCCAAGAAGAGACGAUCAGCAAAAAGUGAUGAAGCUCCCAUGUACAAGUCCGUAGCAGUCCAUGAACCUCAGUCCAGGGACGACUUUCUGAAAUAUGCUUGUCAACUCACUCUGGACCCAAACACAGCCUACAGACAGCUCUACUUGUCUCGAGGGAACAGGAAAGCUACCCUCAAGAGAGAUCCCCAGUCCUACGCUGACACCGCUGCCAGAUUCGACUCCCUGCCUCAGGUCCUGUGCAGUGAAGCCCUCUCCGGAGGUGCCUACUACUGGGAAGUAGACUGGAGCGGGGAGGGGGCUUCCAUCGGAGUCACCUACAAAGGCAUCAAGAGGAUAGGUUAUGGAGACAGCUGCCGCAUCGGGUACAACCGCAAAUCUUGGACCCUCUUCUGCUCUGAUUCUAGCUACUCUGCUCGCCACAACAAGGACCAGGUAGAGAUCACUGCACCAUACUCCUCUCGGAUUGGGGUGUUCCUGGACCACGAUGGGGGUACCAUCUCUUUCUACGCUGUAGGGGACACCAUGUCUCUCAUCCACCGCUUCAAGGCCUCCUUUAGUGAGGCUGUCUAUCCAGGCUUCUGGGUUUGGUAUGAGUCAGCCAUCACCAUAAUCCAGAAUUGAAUUAAUAACACACUUUGAAUGACCAAUGUAGACUUUGAUUUUGCUAUUGAAUUACAGAACAAAAAUAACACUAUACUGUAUACUUGCUUACAAUGCAUUAAAGAUUGAACAUGUUUAUCUUUUUACUAUACUAUGUGCUUACUUUGCUAUAUUGAGUAUCAGGGGAUCUAUUUUUAACGACUGAAUAUUCUGCAAAUCAACAUGUGUGAAAUACAUUGACUCUUACUGUAUGAGAUCAGGUGUACAACUUGAAUAAGCAUUUAAAUUGUCAUUUAAAAACA